CACCGCUUUCUCGGGGAUUUUGGUACAGCGGACAGGGCUGCAGAGCCGGGCAAUGAAUCACUUUUGGGUUGCCCUGCGUUUGCAGAGCAGCUUAUUGAACAUAUGCAAUAAAAGCAAGCUUGCACGUCAUCUCCUUUAUACAAAGUAGAUCAACUGUAAGGGGCUUUUCUGAACCAGAGUGAUCUUUCAGCUGUGAGUAAUGCAGGCAUUUCAUCUGGCCUUGGAACUGCUCCCGUGAGGCACUCGGACUGCAAAUUUGGCAAACUUAGCUUAGAAUAAUUCCUUGAACAUAACCCUUUGUUCCGGCGCUCCCGACCCCUCACCCCGGCCGAGCCAGCCACUGCUUCCCGUGUCCCAGCCGGGCGCGGGGCUCUGGGUCCCCUGGGGCCGCGGCCGCAGCCCCCGCGCCUUCUCCUCCCCUUCCUUCCCUCUCUCUCUUCCCUCCCCUCCCCUCCCCUCCCCGCGCCGCCGCGCCCCGGAGCGCAGCCCCCUCCGUGCGGCAGCAGCGAGUCCCGGUGCGGCUCUUCGCCAGCCCCAGCCUGCUGAGGUUCGCCCGCACGGACGGACGGACGCUCGGACGGAGGGAGUGCAGGAAGGAAAGCGCGGCCAUGCGGCCCCGGGCGCUGCUGUGCGCCCUGGCGCUGCUGUGCUGCCCGCCGGCCCGGCCAGGCUUUCCAAAUAACAGCAGCGUACCACACAUCAUCAGAAGUUUUUCCAUCCGUUUUUCUUCCAGUCCGGAGGCUGAUCUUAUUCCUGUUGACGAUGAUACUGAAGAUGACUUGGAAGUUGGAUCAAGAGCCACCAAUCAGACUGCAUCAUUCCUACCUGAACGACGAAUGAUGUCAGUUCAAACGGCAAGAUAUCUCACUAGUCCGUGGCUGACUCGUUUUGUUCCUUCAGUUUACACCCUAGUGCUUGUGCUGAGUCUCCCUCUGAACAUUACAGCGAUACUCGUGUUUCUGAAAAAGAUGAAAAUCGAAAAGCCAGCUGUAAUAUACAUGCUGAAUUUGGCCCUUGCAGAUGUUCUCUUUGUAAGUGUGCUUCCAUUUAAGAUUGUUUAUCACUUUUCUGGAAAUGACUGGGUUUUUGGGCCUCAGAUGUGCCGUUUCAUCACUGCUGCCUUCUUCUGCAACAUGUACUGCUCAAUAAUGCUUAUGACGAGCAUAAGCGUCGAUCGCUUCCUAGCCGUGGUGUACCCCAUGCAGUCCCUGGGGUGGCGCACACUACCUCGUGCCUCACUGGUUUGUUUCAUCAUAUGGCUUGUAGCAAUAACCGGGGUUAUACCUUUUCUCCUACGAGAGCAAACAAUGGAAAUACCCAGGUUAAAUAUAACGACAUGCCACGAUGUGCUGAGAGAAUCCGAACUUCACGGCUAUUACGUCCACUUCUUCUCUGUCUUCUCUUCUGUGUUUUUCAUAGUGCCAUUUAUAAUUUCUACUGUCUGUUAUGUGUGUAUCAUUCGCUGUCUUAGUUCUUCCACCAUUGUUGCAAAGCAAAAUAAGAAGACACGUGCCUUGCUCUUGUGUGUGGCUGUUUUUUCUGUUUUCGUUAUUUGCUUUGGACCAACAAAUGUUCUCCUCUUAAUUCAUUAUAUCCAUUUUUCAUAUGACAACAACUUAGAGUAUCUCUACUUUGCCUAUCUACUCUGUGUUUCUGUCAGCAGCAUUAGCUGCUGCAUUGACCCCUUUAUUUACUACUAUGCUUCUUCUCAGUAUCAGAGACAAUUUUUCAGUCUCUUCAAUUGUAAAAAGACUUUUGAUCCUAACAUUAGUAACAGCAGUGGCCAGUUGAUGUCUACCACUAGUACUAGAAGGGCUACAUUGACUACUAAUGUGAAUAACAGUGUCUACAGGAAAUUACUAGCAAUGCACUGAGAUGAUAUGUCUUCAAAUUGUUUAAUUUUACACAGUUACAGACAAAAAGAAGACUUAUAUCCAAGAAAUGCAAAACCUUACACCAAGUUGUUCUAUGAUACAUAGCUUUAUGGAUCUAAUAUAGUAAUAUACAAUUCAAAUUAAAACUCUGUAUGUGUGUGUGCAUAUAUAUAUAUAUAUAUAUAUAUAUAUAUAUAAAGAUGUAUAGUAUCUGUAAAUACAUUAAUGUAGAGAGGAAAAAUAAUUUCUUAAUAAUAGUUGUUGAGUGUUUUUCAAAUAAACUUUUUUCAGA